GAUCCCAACGACCCUCUCAGAUAGAUGAAGAAGAGGAGGAAGAGGAAGAAGAAUCUUCCGACGACGACAGAACUAUAUACAGUGAUUACUAUUUACCACCUGAAUAUGCGAGAGAGGAAGGAACACCAGGACCGCGUGCUGAGAUUGUCGAUAGCCAUGAAGCAUGCAGCUGUUUUCCAAACCGAAGUAACAAGUUCGUUGGUUCAAUGCUUUAUGACAAAAUUACCUGUCAGCACACAGGACUGACUGGGCAUACGCAACCAGGAGUUUUUAAGUUCAACCCUUAUUGGAAUGAGAAUAUGGAAGAACCACGGAGGUUGAGGAAGAGAGAUAUGAGAAUAGCAAGAUCAAAGUAUGUAUUCGGGUAUCCAAAACCACGAUAUGAACUCGUGUCAGAAAGCGAAGAAGAAUAUGACGAGGAUGAGGACGACGAGGAUGAUGAUGACAGGGAAGCAACUGCUGCUAGCGGUCGCAAAGCGGAAACUCCAAAAACUGCUAAAACAAAUAAGACGCGAGCUGAAGAGGAAGAUGAUGAUGACGACGAUGAGGAUAGUGAAUAUGACAGUGAAGAAUAUGAUUCUGAUGAAGAUGAAGAAGAUGAGGACUAUAUUCCAUUCAGAUUACCCGAAAUAGGUUAUCCACAAACCCCCUCACUACCACCAAGUAGUCAGAGCUUCCGAUCGCGUUACAGUGAUUUUACAGAAUACAGUGAAAGUGUUCCAGAGUCGUUACCGUCACUUCCGGCUUCGAGGCAGCUCACUGCGCAAACAAAGAGGAUUGGUGUUACACAG